AUGCACCCUGGGGACGGGCAGGGCCGGGCAGAGCGGCUGGAGCCGGGCCUCUGCCGCGAAAGGCCGGUGAAAGCUGUCUUCCUGGGCCCGCGGCCGGGCAAGGGCAGUGGGAGAGGCGGGGGCCUGCGCUGUGGCCAUGUCUGCGUCCUCCGGGCCCCGCCGGACACCGGUGUCCUCCUGGAGGUCCCGCAGAAGGCAGUGACUGGCAAUCUGUGCGUCCUAAGUCCCCCGGAGGAACAGUCCAGCUGUGAAGGACGUCGCCUCACCGGCCCAAGUUGGCACCAUCAUUGCGCUCUUCCCAGGAGAGCCCAAGGGAUGGCUGCUGACAUGUCCAGGAAGAAAAGCAGCGAAUGCCCUGAUGGCACAUUGGCUCCUUCUGAUGGGCAGAGUGUGGAGAGAGCCGAGAGCCCCACACCAGGACUGGCCCAGGGAAUGGAGCCAGGUGCCGGGCAGGAGGGUGCCAUGUUCGUCCAUGCCCGUUCCUACGAGGACCUGACUGAAUCGGAGGAUGGGGCGGCUUCUGGGGAGAAUCCCAAGGAGGGUGCUGGGGGUCCCCCACCGCUGCCUACAGACAUGCGCCAGAUCAGCCAAGACUUCAGUGAGCUGAGCACCCAGCUGACAGGUGUGGCUCGAGACCUCCAAGAGGAGAUGCUGCCAGGAAGCUCUGAGGACUGGACGGAGCCCCCAGGGGCAGCUGGGAGACCAGCCACAGAGUCCCCCAGGGAGGGCACAGGCGAGGGGGAUGAGGAGGAGGCUGCUGAGGCCUGGCGGCUGCACCAGAAGCAUGUCUUCGUGCUGAGCGAGGCGGGGAAGCCUGUGUACUCCCGCUAUGGAUCAGAGGAGGCACUUUCCAGCACCAUGGGUGUCAUGGUGGCCCUAGUGUCCUUCCUGGAGGCUGACAAGAACGCUAUCCGUUCCAUCCACGCAGAUGGCUACAAGGUAGUAUUCGUACGCCGGAGCCCACUGGUGCUGGUGGCAGUGGCCCGCACGCGGCAGUCGGCCCAGGAACUGGCGCAGGAGCUGCUCUACAUCUACUACCAGAUCCUGAGCCUUCUUACUGGCGCGCAGCUCAGCCACAUCUUCCAGCAGAAGCAGAACUACGACCUGCGGCGCCUGCUCUCGGGCUCGGAGCGCAUCACUGACAACCUGCUGCAGCUCAUGGCACGAGACCCCAGCUUCCUGAUGGGGGCGGCGCGCUGCCUGCCCCUGGCGGCCGCCGUGCGCGACGCCGUGAGUGCCAGCCUGCAGCAGGCGCGCGCGCGCAGUCUGGUCUUCUCCAUCCUACUGGCGCGCAACCAGCUCGUGGCGCUCGUGCGCCGCAAAGACCAAUUCCUGCACCCCAUCGACCUGCACCUACUCUUCAACCUCAUAAGUUCCUCCUCGUCCUUCCGCGAGGGAGAGGCCUGGACGCCUGUGUGCCUGCCCAAAUUCAACGCAGCCGGCUUCUUCCACGCACACAUCUCUUACCUGGAGCCUGACACCGAUCUCUGCCUGCUGCUGGUCUCCACCGACCGGGAGGACUUCUUUGCAGUCUCUGACUGCCGCCGCCGCUUUCAAGAGCGCCUGCGGAAGCGCGGAGCCCACGUAGCGCUGCGGGAUGCACUGCGCACGCCCUACUACAGUGUUACCCAAGUGGGCAUCCCCGACCUGCGCCACUUUCUCUAUAAGUCAAAGAGCUCGGGACUCUUCACCAGCCCUGAGAUUGAGGCCCCGUACACCAGUGAAGAGGAGCAGGAGCGACUGCUGGGCCUCUACCAGUACCUGCACAGCCGUGCACACAAUGCCUCCCGACCACUCACAACUAUCUACUACACAGGCCCCAACGAGAACCUCCUGGCCUGGGUGACAGGUGCCUUUGAGCUCUACAUGUGCUACAGCCCCCUGGGGACCAAGGCAUCAGCUGUCAGUGCCAUCCAUAAGCUGAUGCGCUGGAUCAGCAAGGAAGAAGACCGCCUCUUCAUCCUGACACCCCUCACCUACUGAUGGGACUGUGUGUGGGCUCAACCCUCCUAAGCCCACUGGAUCAUGGGAGCCUCCAGGCGGGGCUGGCCUCUCUUGCCCAGGCAGCAGGCAGCGACUGUGGGUUGGUGCGUGCAUUAAAGUGCUUUGGGGAAGACA